AUAGAAUGCAUCAGUCAGAAGCUAUAGACUGCAGUAGUCACACGGGAAAUAAUGAAGUCGUCAUUUCUAAUACCCAUCGCGAUUCUUUUAGCCAGCCAUUAUAUGGCUCAAGUUUCGCCUCAAGUCAUCCUUGAAGUGCCUGGUUAUGGCGUUAUAAACGGAACGAUUGAAACUUCGACUUAUACGGAACGCACAUUUUACGCAUUCCGAAGCGUCUUUUACGCUGAAGAACCCACACCCGAGACCCGCUUUUUGCCACCCAUUCCAAAAGUACCCUAUCCUAUGGACGAGGUUCAGGAUACUACAAGCAAUAACGCAGGAUGUCCUCAGGCAGGAAUUGCCAAUGAAGACUGUCUUUCUCUGAAUGUUUUCACGCCGCAACUGCCCUCAGUAUCCACUACACCCCUUCCUGUUAUGGUUUGGAUCCACGGAGGAGGAUUUUCAGUUGGACAAGCUCUUGAAUACUUGCCUAAUAGAUUCAUGGAGCACGACUUCGUUUUCGUUGCGAUUCAAUACCGCCUCGGCCCACUUGGAUUCCUCUCCUUUGAUACCGAUGAUGUUCCAGGUAAUGCUGGUAUAUUUGAUCAAAUUGAGGCAUUACGUUGGGUCAACAAAUUCGUCGAGUACUUUGGUGGAGAUCCCAGUCAAAUCACUAUCGCAGGAGAAAGUGCUGGCGGCGCCGCUAUUUCGCUACUUCUAUUGGCACCGCAAGCAAGAGGACUAUUCCAGCGCGCUAUUAGUGAAAGUGGGUCUGUUUUGGCCGAAUGGGCACUUGAUCGCGAUGGAAGAGGAAAAGCAGCCUCUCUUACGAUUGCCGAAAUCGCUGGAUGUCCAGUAGAGCCUUACCAAGACUUACUCACAUGUGUCCAAAAUGUUGAUGCCAAAGUAUUGACACAGGCUUACCAGGACUACGCGUCAAACGACAUGUUGAACGGUGGUCUAGGCUUUAGUGGUUCGAAUCCGAUCAUUCAGGUUGCUGGAGCUCAGCGGAUCAUCGAAUCUGAUCCGCAUGAACUGUACAGUUCCGGGAAUUUUGCAACUGUUCCAACUAUGAUAGGUGCAAACAAGCAAGAGGGAUCUGUAGUGCUAGGACUUUUAUACAGCAGCUACUUGGUACCAAAUAAUUUGACUGAAGACGAAGAAUUUUUGGCUAAUGACUUGGUUCCAUUUCUUCUUACUGCCUUGCAUAUUGAUGAUCCAACUGGAGAAUUGGCUGCUCAACUGACCGACAAAUAUUUGGGAACUGCCGAAAUGGGAAAUUUUACAUCCAUGACACCAGGAUUAACGGAUAUGUGCAGCGUACUUUUCUUGAAAGGACCUUCGUACGAAAUAUCACAGCUUGUUUCUCAACACAAUCCUAACGCAUUUUUCUACUCUUUUGAGUACGAAGGAAGAAACUCGAUUUUUAAUUAUGUAUUUGCCGGAAAUCCUCCUCCUUUCCCCUCUGGUGUAGCCCAUGCUGACGAGUUGAUCUACCUCUUUAUUUUUCCGUUUGCAUCCGUUCCUCCGGGUCUCAAUAGAACUGAGGAAGAGCUUUCGAAGAAGAUGCUUCAAGUUUGGACGAAUUUCGUUAUUUAUGGUGAUCCCACUCCUGAUGGCGUACCACUUCUUGACGGCAUUCCAAAAUUUUUGACUUACAACACUGUCGAUGAAUAUUACACAGCCAUUGAUGAUGUUUGGAGAACUGAAUCGGACUACACAUUAACGUAUACUGUGACAGUGGAUGAGCUUAAUAAUCCUCCGGCCUAUAAAACGCGCAGCUCUUCUAGAAGGCGAUCUGGACGUUUCCAUCAAUCGCUGCCCACCAAAAACAACUAUCUUGGUUAUUAAAUUUCCCGCAAAUGCUUUGUCGUGCUUUGUUUUUGUUGAAUUGUGAAUUUUGGAGCACCUAUACAGUUUAAUUUUCCUUUUUACACUUUUUCUUGAUCAGGUAUAGGCCUAUAUGUACUUUUCAUUUUGCUUUUAGUCGUUUUAAAAAGAUUGUUAGUUGUUUAAAAAAAAUUGCCAUUAGGCGAUCAAUAAUCAUCAAUAUAUAUGUACAAUAACUGCAGAUGAUUUAAUAAAUUUAUGGGAAUAA